AUGACUUCUCCAGAGGUAGCACCGGUCUCACCUGGCAAUACAGGCACAUCCGAAGAGACCGGUGAUACUCUGGUGCAAACGGCGCCACUUUGGAGGAGGAUGUUUGGCCACAAGUCGGCGGGUAAUGGAGAUGCCAGCGACGAGCCCACAUAUCGCGCAAAGUCGACCCUUGGGAUCCUGAGUGACAAAGAGACGGACGAGGUACCUGGUACCGUUCUUCUCCUUUCUGCCCAGCGCAACGAGCCUUUGGGAUUAAGAAACCAACCUGCACGCACAUCUACCUCGUCUCUACGUUCUUCCAACCCGCCCUCUCGCUCAUCCUCCCUCACUCCGGCCCCACACAAGAAGAAGACCUCCGACGGGACCAUCGUGCUCGAUCCACAGCCUGAUGACUCGGUCAACGAUCCUCUAAACUGGCCAGUCUGGCAGAGAGAUGCCGCCUUGUUCUCCCUGGGGUUUUACUGCUUGAUGGGCGGAGGUAUGACUACUAUCCUGGCAGCAGGAUUCAAUAAUGUGGCGCAGACCUACGAUGUCCCCAAACAACAAGUGGCAUAUACUACUGGUCUCUAUAUGAUGGGCAUGGGACUAGGUUCGGUCGUCAUGUCACCCACAGCCAUCCUAUUCGGGAAACGCCCUGUUUAUUUGCUCGGUGCCACUCUGUUCAUCAUAUCUGGAAUUUGGUGCGCAUUGUCUCCUAACUAUGCGAGCCUGGUCGUCGCUCGCAUUUUCCAAGGCGUUGCAGUAAGCCCCGUGGAAUGCCUUCCAUCGGCAACAAUUGCCGAAAUCUACUUCCUACAUGAGAGGGCUUACCGUGUCGGUAUUUACACCUUGCUUCUUCUCGGGGGUAAGAACCUUGUUCCCCUAGCUAGCGCAGCUGUGAUCGGGAGCCUUGGAUGGCGCUGGGUGUUCUGGAUCGUCGCCAUUAUUGUCGGCGCAUGCUUGGUCCUCCUUUUCUUCUUCGUGCCAGAAACAUUCUGGGAUCGCACGCCUCGUCCUAGACGCCACCACCGACGCCCACACUUGCCCAGAAAUAUGUCUGAUCUGGUCUCCCACGGAUUCCGUGGACAUCGAUCUCAUGCACAGGUGCAUGAUGAUCCUUCUGAGCUAAAGGAAGAGAAGGAAGAAGUCCCACAAGUUCCUAAGAAGGCGAAAAAUGCGCGCGUUGGAUUUGUCGACGAGCCGGAGGAGGAUCAAGAGAAGGCGUCGCAUCUCCGACAUGAAGUAGAUCUCCCUCCAAAUGUGCAUCAUAUUACCUCGGAAGAUAAUAUUGUGACUGAGCCCUCGACGCCUGCGAUCGAGAAACCGGACAGGUUGCUACACCCGCCGCACGCAGCCAGCCCUUCCCAGGUCCAUCUCCAAGAUUCGAGCGAUGUGGAAGCAUCCCCAAGAAGUGCAGCCUCACCGGCCCGCAGCGCGUCUAUGGAGCCUGUGGCCUCUAUUAGCUCCACCCUUCAUUACACAAACCGCCUUCGCGAGAAACCCAAGAUACCCUACGUAUCCAUGCUUAGAAUUUGGAAUGGCAGAAUCGCACAGGACAACUGGUUCAAGAUCGCACUUCGACCCUUUAUCCUUUUCGCCUACCCUUCUGUCCUGUGGUCGACUGUUGUGUAUUCACUAUCAGUGGGCUGGCUGAUUGUUUUAUCCGAGUCUGUCGCGGUGGUUUAUGAAAGCAGUGAGCACUACGGCUUUACCGCGCUACAAACCGGUCUGGUCUACAUUUCUCCCUUUAUUGGCGGCCUGCUUGGUACAGCGGUCGCAGGAAAAGUGUCUGAUAUCGUUGCACGUUUUAUGACUCGUCGUAACGGUGGUAUUUACGAGCCUGAGUUCCGUCUCGUCAUGGCACUCCCCAUUGCCCUCUCCACCGUCAUCGGUCUGAUGGGCUUUGGCUGGAGUGCUCAGCUUAUGGAUCACUGGAUAGUGCCGACUAUCUUCUUCGGCAUGAUUUCUUUCGGCUGCUGUCUUGGAAGUACUACUGCCAUCACUUUCUGCGUGGACAGUUAUCGCCAGUAUGCUGGUGAAGCACUGGUCACGUUGAACUUCAGCAAGAACAUAUUUCACGGCCUCGUCUUCUCGCUCUUCAUUGUUGAUUGGUUAGAUACUGAUGGCUCCCGAGAGGUUUACCUCUGUCUCGGCGGCAUUCAGAUUUUCUUCCUUUCUACGUCGAUCCCCAUGUAUAUGUACGGCAAGCGAGCUCGUAUGUGGACGGUGCGCAAGCGAUUGAUGGAGCGAUUUUAG